CCUAGGCAGAUAUUCUCAUUCUAGGUCAAAGCAGAAACAACAGGAAUUUGAUCAGGAUUCAAGUCAUUCAAUCAUUCAAACCUCAAUCGAAUAUAAUCAAAUCAUAGAAUCAGUACUUGGGUUCAUACAAUCAAAGCCUAACAUACAAAUCUAGGGUUCUCCAUACCCAGAUGAAUGGGAGAACUACUCCAUAGAGAAGAAAGCAAAAGCAGAAUCAGACACGGAAUUCAUACUGCGAAGGAUGGAUUCCUGCUUCUGGACGUUGAUCGGUACUUCUCCAAGCUCAAGCUGGCCUCCAAUGGUGUUGAAGAUCAAUCUAGGGCACUUGGGAACUCUUGCUCGUCACUUUCUCUCUCUAGGAACUGAUCUCUCUCUCAAAAAACUCCAAUCCCCCUUCUUUGGUUCGGAAUUUGGCUUAAAACCAGGAAAUCCCGACUCGCACGGCCAGGGUGCACGGCCGUGCAUAUCACCAUUCUGGCCGUGCAACUCAAAACGCAGCGUGUCAUUUAGUCGAACUUCAGCCCUCUCGCACGGCCAUGGUGCACGGCCGUGCGAGCUUCAGGGGUUGCCCGUGCGUGUCCUCGGCAUAAGGCGCACGGCCAUAUUGCUCACGUGCACGGCCGUGCAGCCUCCCUGGUCUGCCCGUGCAGCUCCCCAGAAACCUCGCUAUUUGUCCGUUCUUCGUCCAAUCGACCCCAGACUCGCUCCUAAGCCUUCAUUCACGUACUAGGACCUGAAACAUCACAAACAAGCACAACCUAGCGUGAAAUCGGUCUAAACCACGAGAAAUCACAUCUCAAACGGUGUAAGAACAGGGGUAAAAACAUGUGUAAUUAACGGUCUAUCAAACUCCCCCACACUUAACCGUUUGCUUGUCCCCAAGCAAACCUAACUCAAACCAAUGCAACUCUCCAGACCUCUAUAGCAACAAACAACCCAGAUCGUAGGUAGAGGACUUCCUAGAUCAUUUAGCAGCUUACGAGGUCAACCGACGCACAAGUCAUCUCAUAACUUCUUCGGCGAGUCGCAUCAUGGCAAACAGUGAACAGAGGACAAAUGAAUCGUGGAUGAAGAGAUUCUCAAAAACAAAAGAUCAUGGACUCA